AUUUAUUGACGCGAGCGAAGACCGGCAACAUAUUCCUGCAGCAGCUCUUCGUGCCAAGAUAGAAACUGGGAAAUCGUCACUCGGAGCUCUCGGCAGAUUGUCCCUUCCCUCCCUGUGUUGUGGCAGUCCCUUGUGGGGAGCCUGGAGGACCUUCAGUAGAGCUGCUAACACUGAUGAGAGAUCUUUUAUGCCAAGAUUGUUGCUGUCUGAACAGGCCACACCAUGCGUGAGUACAAGCUGGUGGUCCUUGGUUCAGGAGGUGUGGGCAAGUCUGCUUUGACUGUACAGUUUGUUCAGGGAAUUUUUGUUGAAAAAUAUGACCCAACAAUAGAAGAUUCAUACAGAAAGCAAGUGGAAGUAGACUGUCAACAGUGUAUGCUUGAGAUCCUGGACACAGCAGGGACAGAGCAAUUUACAGCCAUGAGGGAUCUCUACAUGAAGAAUGGGCAAGGGUUUGCACUAGUAUAUUCUAUAACAGCACAGUCCACGUUUAACGACCUACAGGACCUGCGGGAACAGAUUUUACGGGUUAAGGACACUGAAGAUGUUCCCAUGAUUCUGGUUGGCAAUAAAUGUGACCUGGAGGAAGAGCGAGUCGUUGGCAAAGAGCAGGGCCAGAACUUAGCAAGACAGUGGUGUAACUGUGCCUUUCUAGAAUCAUCUGCAAAGUCUAAAAUCAACGUAAAUGAGAUCUUUUAUGACCUGGUCAGACAAAUAAAUAGAAAAACACCAGUGGAAAAGAAGAAGCCUAAAAAGAAAUCAUGUCUGCUGCUUUAGACUCCCAUCAUGCAGCAGCUCUGAGCCAGAUUGCAGGAAUGAAGAACUGUUGCCUAAAAAUGGAAAGUGCCAGCAUUCCCAACUUCAAAAACCUUAUGGAAAUUAAUGACAUAUCGGAAGAAGCUUCUCCUGUUUUGGUUUUUUUUAUAUACUACGAGAAGAAUUUAGAUCUUAAAAAAUGGUUUGCACACACAGUCCCUGGAAAAAAAGAAAAACAACAACAAAAAAAAAAAGGCAAUUGCUCUGUGUAUAUCUCUUGGAAAUUUAAGCCAAUAUUCCUCCUCCUUUGCAAUAGCAAUUAACAGAUGUGAAAAUAAAUAUAAUUGACUCUAGUGUAUGAUUAUCCCAAGGAGCAUGGAUGCAUUUCAAAUGUUAGAGAUUGCUACUAUAAUUAAAAUUUCAUAUUGACCAUUUUAUCAUCAUUUCUCCCCAUCAAGCACUAAAAAUGUUCCACUGUUAUAUUUUAUAUCUAUAACUAUAGAUAUAUAUUAUGUGAAAUCUCCCUUUGAACUCACCACAACAAAAUAACUUUUUGAGUCAUUGACUUCAUUUUAUAUUUAAAAGUUACGGAGUAUCAUUAUUUUCAUUCUGCCAUUAUAUUCUAAUUAAAAAUGUUUGUGCAUAAUGCUUUGGAAAAAAAUGGGUCUUUUAUAGGAAAAAAAAAAAAACAAACCUGGGAUAACUGAUUUCUAUGGCUUUAAAAGCAAAAAAUAUAUAAUAUACUAAACCAACUCUAAUAUUGCUUCUUGUGUUUUCCUGUCACAGAUUAAAUUACAGCUUUUAUGAAUGAUUAAAUUUUAGUACAUUUUCA